UGAUCUCCUGGACAUUCAGACUUGGCACGUGAUAGUCUUCAGAAGCUCUUAUCAGCGAUAGCUACCCCCAGUUUGGAGCUUCGUCCUUCGCAUCGCAGCGCAUACAGAAUUUUGGCACAUCUCCCGCACCCGUCGCGACAAGGCAAUGUCUUGCGCGCGCAUCACUAUUGAUGGGCUAUGGCGCUGCCUCUGUCCCUCCAUUGAUGCCACUGUGACCAAGUACAUUACCACCGCACACCGCCGUCCUCGCCCACUCCAAGUCGCCUCCUCGCCGCGAUGCCUUCACACCACCGGUCGCCUUCAUGAGAGCGGCGCGAAGUCCAAGGAGGACCCUUUUGCCUUGCUUUCCGAUGCAGUCGACGAAAAGAAGACCCACAAGCGCCAGAUUGCUCCUGACUGGCUUGCGCAGGAGGCCCCGAAGGAGCAGUCUCUGGAAAGAGCAAGUACGAGUCCAACAGACGAGAGCCAGCUCCAUACGGACAAUACAUCCGAGGGCAACGAUGCAACACUCGAAAGCAAGCCUGCGGUGCAUCUCACCAAUCCUGGGAUCUUCAAACAUGCCUCGGACGGUCAGGGCGGUCCGGACGACAUGGUCCAGCGGCUGUUCUCGGGCAAGCGGCUCGCCGAAGACCUCCCGCGCGCGACUACCGAGCAGAUUUACCAAACCCUGCGAAGGUUGAGAACCUUGGGGCAGCCAAAGUACAGGCGGACCACGGCAGCGCUUGUCAGACAUCUGCUUGCGUCUGGGGAGGCGCCGGACACCUUCCUUUACGAGACUUUCCUCAUGGCACAUGCCGCCACAGAUGGGUCUGCCGACGUCGUGAAUGGGCUUCUUCGGGAGAUGAAGCACAGGAAGUUGCCCUGGUCGUCUACGGCAUACCACGCCGCCCUGCAGGCCUUGGCGAUACACCCUGAUUACCUUCUCCGCAACACUAUUAUCAAGGAGAUGAAAGAAAGAUGGUUAGAGAUAAGCCCCGAGGGCCACCAGCACAUUGCCAUUGGGCUACUUCGGGACGAGCAGUACGAGCUCGCCCUGGAGAAGCUCCAUGAAAUGUAUGAGAAGGGCCUCAAGGUCGAGGGCUGGGUAUUCGACAUCUUCAUUUAUGUUUUCGGAAAGAUGGAGUUCCUCGAUGACGCCCUACGGAUAGUUCGCCACAGGCUCGACAGAGGCCAUGAGGUUCCGGUCAACAUCUGGUACUUUUUGCUGGAAGUGUGCAGCAAAGGUCAGAACAUUUCGGCAACGAGAUACAUAUGGAACCGUGCUGUCCAGUCAGGUAUCGUGAACCCCUCAGAUGGCGUGGCACUGAGCGUUCUCAAUAUGGCUGCGGUCUACGGAGACACGGAUCUUUGUACGCCGGUUAUAGAGUAUCUGGCAUCACGGGGCACGAGGCUGAACCGUCACCACUACGAAGCCUUGGUUGACGCGUAUGCCGCCCAGGAGAAUGUCGAGAAAGCACUUGAGGUAUACUGCAUCAUGCAGGCUGCUGGCGUUGAAGUCACCAACACGAGCACUGGCUCUCUCGCGUUCGCCUUGACCCGCAAUUCCACUCUCAUCGAUCAGGCUAUCCACGCCUUGUCCCGGCUUCGUGAGAAACACAGCGUGCCCAUCACCGUCUUCAAUUGUGUGCUCAAUGAGAUUGUCAAGGCCGACGCGGAACAGCCUGAUGACUCGUUCGCCAAGGCUCUUGGUCUCUACCGACGUAUUCGAGAGUUCGUUCCCGAUGGGCCGAACUUGGAUACUUUCAGAAACCUGCUGUGGAAGUGCACUAGGCCGGAGCUCGUGCAGUUCUUUUCAGGCGAGAUGUACCACUUCAAUAUCAAGCCAAACUUGGUCAUCACGAAGCACAUGUACAGAAUCAAUGUCGAAUUCAACGGGCCGAGCCACAGGGCCAAAGACUACUUCUUCAAAGUUGCUCCAUACUUCAACGCCGGGAAGGACCUCUCAAAGGGGCAGCGAAAGACGGAAGUCAUGGACCUGUCCGUCAAGCUUAUCAAGAGGCUUGUCGGCGAACGGGACCCGGAGGCCUGGCGUAUAUUGGACAUCUGCAAGGAAAACGGCCUAGAAGAGGAAACGAUCAAUGCUUUGCGUGCGGAGGUCGAGGCUGGGACCAUCACAGGAGCCAGGGCUUCCUCCCGGGAUGGAUUGGCUGAUCAAGAUUCAGGCUCUAGCCAAAGGGUCGACGCACAACCGUUUGUUUGAGUUGAAAGUCGAGAAAGCAUCGCAUACGUUCGAGACUACCAUAGAGAGCGGCCGGGACAUGCUGCUGCGGGAGCAAGGACACCGGCGCAGCAGAAGGCUAUCUUGCAACUUUGUAGACUCCGCAUACGGCGAACUUGCUGCAAGGACGGGGCUGGGCUCUUGCUCGGUCGGCGCCUUGUUGCUGUGCGUCAUGGGGCCUGGCCGAGAAGCCGUUCGAGUCCACUAAUACAAGCAGAGUCCACUGUGAGGAGAUAUGUCUAAGUUCAAUCGAACAGCAAAGUGCAGGAAGGUUUUUUCCUCAGAUGUUCUCCUUUCCCGGCAAAUUGACUCCUCAUAGCGACAGGGCAAUCAGGUCGGUCUAGUGUACAAACCAUGUAGUCUUGGUAACUACGGAGUACAGGCGACGGCAACAUCGGGACGCAAGCCGACGAGAUUUGCGGGGAGUCCGCGGCGCUUCGAACCCGAAUAUGAGUUAACCCCCGCACCAUGCUGUAAAGAGAUCAUCGUUUGCGUGACAUUGGCGGAAGAAAUCAGUACGACCUUGUUAGUCUCGCCUGGAAUUAUGAAAAGGUCCGAAGGCAACAAAGAGGGUUCAGUAGUAGGAAACCACAUUAUCGUGUCCCACCGGCGCGCACGUGCGGUGCAAGGGCAAUAA